GAUUGUGGGAGCUGCAGGGGCGCCUGCGCCGGUUCAUUCAAGUGUCUUACGGAUUUCCAGUUCGGUUUGUUUCGUUUUUAUUUUUUUUAGUUUUGUUUUGUUUAAUGUAGCUUAUUUGAGCUCUGCAGCCUCCAUUAGGGCGCAUGUUCAUAACCGAGCGUAGCUGAGCUUGUUUUUUUGUUUUUCGGGGACUUUUAUUAUAUUUGCAGACUUGCUUUUAGAGAAUCGGCAGCCUGAACUGAGCAGACGGAUAACUCUAAUAUUAUUAAUAACGCUAAUAACGCUUUCUGCGUCAGUAUACUCCUCGCCAGGCAGCAGAACCUUCGGAACCAUUAGAACCAUCAGAGCCUUCCUAGCAUGGACGUGCUGAAUGUUCUGUGUUUUUUCUCGCUGUGCUGGUGGUCGGUGCUCAGCAAACCCACCCUAAGGAAAGAGAGAGUUCAUCAUGAUCCCGAACUCAGCAAACGGCUUCAUGAGGACAACCAGAGCUACCAGUAUGACCACGAAGCUUUUCUGGGGAAAGAGGAGGCCAAAACAUUUGACCAGCUGACACCAGAGGAGAGCAAAGACAGAUUAGGGAAAAUUGUAGAUCGCAUCGACGGAGAUAGUAACGGAUACAUCACCACAGACGAGCUGAAGACUUGGAUAAAGAGGGUUCAGAAGCGCUACGUGUACGAGAAUGUGGCGAAAGUCUGGUCAGAUUAUGAUCUCAACAAAGACAACAAAAUCUCGUGGGAAGAAUACAAGCAGGCGACAUAUGGAUAUUAUCUAGCAAAUCCUGAAGAGUUUGAGGACGCCACAGAUCAGUUCAGCUUCAAGAAGAUGCUUCCACGGGACGAGCGAAGGUUUAAAACCGCUGAUCUGGAUGGAGACCUGGCGGCUGAACGAGAAGAAUUUACCGCUUUCCUUCACCCAGAGGAGUUCGACCACAUGAAGGAAAUUGUGGUCCUGGAAACAAUGGAGGACAUUGAUAAGAACGGUGAUGGUCAUGUAGAUGAGGAUGAGUACAUUGCGGACAUGUUUGCUCAUGAAGAAGGUGGUCCAGAGCCCGAUUGGGUGAAGACCGAGAGAGACCAGUUCUCUGACUUCCGCGACCUGAAUAAAGAUGGAAAAAUGGACCUGGAGGAGAUCCGACACUGGAUCCUGCCUCAGGAUUAUGACCACGCGCAGGCCGAGGCCCGACACCUGCUGUACGAGUCCGACACAGACAAGGAUCAAAUGUUGACUAAAGAAGAGAUCUUGGAGAACUGGAACAUGUUUGUGGGCAGCCAGGCGACCAAUUACGGUGAGGAUUUAACCAGGAACCACGACGAGCUGUGAGCUGGACAGUGUCUGACCACAUCGUGGUCCAUCAUGGUUCAGCGAUGGUCAUUGUCAGGUGAUGGCCUUCUGGUGUAGAGCCUAAAAUAUGCAUCCAGGAUGAUGAUUUGAGUCUGACCGACUGACCGGCUGGCCUUUAUGGAUCUACCUCAGUGCCCAAACACUCGGUGAAGCCCACAGCCGUGACAGAAACUUCAUCCCUUCCUCAUCUGUUUAUCCUUCACUGCUUUGUUUGUUCUUGCAUGGAUUCGGACACUCCACCGUUUAUAGCUGACGCUAAUUUUAUUAGCCUGAAAUGAGCCUGAAUCACUGACUCUACCAUGAAGCUCCAGCAGCUGUUUGUUUAUUUCUGUGCCAAAAUGUAAAAACAGCCUAAAGAUUUAAGCUGUAUUUAUUUAGGCGUUUAUUUGAGGACAUUAUCUAAAUAUUUAUAACUUUGUGUAAGUGUUUUAAAGCAGUAUUUGUGUCAGAGGCUUUUACAAACAUCCAGUUACAUUAGAAUAACAGAGAAUUACAUUUUUAAUGUUGACAGUGUCAGCCUGUAGAGGCUUCAGUUUUAUUAAAUUCUGAUGUGGUUAAAACACUAUUUGAAUUUUGCUGCCUCGAGCCAAAUGAUUUUUAUUUUGUUUGUUUCUCUUUUGUAGCACAUUUGCUGUCUUAUUUCUGAAAAUACUGUUUAAAUGUUUUUAUUGUUCCAUCUCAUAAAGGGGUUGCAUGUGUUAUAGAUUUAGACAUCUGUGGUAUUUGAGGUUUUAUUUGAAGGUUUACACAAAAAGUAAAAAGACUUUAUUUUUUAUUUAAAUAAUAAAUAAUAUGCAGAACACAACAAUGUCCUUAAAUCUAGUUCUUUUUCAUAUUGUAUAUGUGUAUAUAUAAUUUUUUUUUAACAAUUACUGUACAAGUUCUU